AGUCCCAGGAAGGACUUGGCUGUGCUGACACCUAGAGAAAAGUAACAGCACACAAAAUGACAGCAAAGUAUGCUUUGCUCAACCAAGGGGAGGAUAAUGAAAUGGAGGUGUUCGGAUACAAAACUGUCAGAUGGCAACAAGUGCUCUGUAUUAUUGGCUAUAUCUUUUCUCUUGGGUUUCUUCGAGUACUCUUUUACUGGAAACCACAGCUGGAUGUCUGGUGUCAGUGUAUUCCAUGCAGUUUUUCACAGGCUGAUGUUAUAUUACUUAGAACCACUGAUGAUCACAGGGAAUUUUCCAAAAAGAAGGUGAUAGAGAUUAGUCCCCGCACACAAGGAUCAAAAUCUGAUCAUCAGACUAUUACUAAGAAAAAUUCCAUCAUAGACAAAUCAUUAAUGAAGCCAAUGGGCAAGAUCCGCUAUAUAGAAGCACAGAAAAUUCGUUAUGUAUGGAAUACAGUUGAAGGAAAGUUUCAGAAAAUUGGCAUUCUGGAGGAAGAUCUGUCAUGCUCAGACAUACACUCGAAAUUUGGUUCUGGUCUAACUGCUGAAGAGCAAGAAAUCAGGCAACAGGUCUGUGGCCUUAAUUCAAUAGAAGUGGAAAUUAAACCUAUCUGGAUUAUACUUAUCAAAGAGAUCUUCAACCCAUUUUAUGUUUUUCAAGUCUACUCUUUAUCUAUCUGGAUGUGGUGUGCCUAUGUUGAAUACAGCUGCGUCAUUUUAGCCAUGUCUAUUUUAUCCAUAAUUGCAACUGUAUACAAUCUGAGAGUACAAUCUGUGAAACUACACAAAAUGUCUAUUUCGUAUAACAGCAUCAUGGUUACUGUACUUCGUAAAAAUGGAGAGCUUAAAGAAGUAGAAUCUCAGACUUUGGUUCCAGGAGAUGUGAUUAUACUAUAUAUAUCUGAAAACAAACACUUCUUACCCUGUGAUGCCAUACUAAUAAAUGGAGCAUGCACAGUUAAUGAAGGAAUGCUAACAGGGGAAAGUACUCCAGUCUCAAAGGUCCCUUUGCCUCGCAUCGAAAGCUCCAUGCCAUGGAAAAUGCAGUGUGGAGAAGACUACAAGAGACACGUUCUGUUUUGUGGAACAGAGGUCAUUCAGAUAAAAGCGUAUGGUCAGGAUCUAGUAAAAGCUGUUGUUAUUCAAACAGGAUUUAACACUACGAAAGGAGAUCUUGUGAGAGCCAUUCUGUAUAACAAACCCAUGAAUGUAAAGCUGCACAGAGAGGCCAUGCGGUUUCUUCUUGUGCUUGUGUUUAUUUCUUUAUUGGGAGUUGCUUACUCUGCUGCUGUAUUCAAAAAGAAUGGGGCCAGCGUACAUGAGAUAGUGAUGAUGUCCUUACUAAUUCUAACAUUAGCUGUAAAUGCCACUCUACCUGCUUCUCUGACACUGGGUCUUCUCUACGGCCAGACGAGGCUGAAGAAACUGGGAAUAUUCUGCAUCAGCCCCCAGAGGAUUAUUUUAGCUGGUCAACUGAACCUUGUCUGUUUUGAUAAAACAGGUACAUUGACAGAAGAUUCUUUAGAUUUACAUGGUGUUCUUCCUUCUAAUGGAACUAGCUUUCAGGAUAUACAUCUCUUUUCCUCUGCAAAAACAAUGCCGUGGAGCCCUCUGCUAGGAGCUAUGGCAAGUUGUCACUCUCUUAUUAUGGAGGAUGGUAAAAUGCAAGGAGACCCAUUGGACUUGAAGAUGUUUGAAGGAACAGGCUGGGAGUUUGAAAGUCAUGCAGCCCAAGGAACAAAGGAUGGAGAAUCAAAUUCAUAUACAAUGGUAAAACCUGGACCCAGUGCUGGAGAGGUGCCAGUGGAAGGCAUUGCUGUUCUGCAUCAGUUGCCCUUUUCUUCUUCUCUUCAGCGCAUGUCAGUUAUUACGCAGAUUCUUGGAGAGAGAGACUUCACAGUGUUUAUGAAGGGGGCUCCUGAGAUGGUUAUUAGGUUCUGCAAACCUGAAACAGUGCCACACAACAUCUCCAAGAAACUUGACUACUAUACAACUCAAGGCUUCCGAGUCAUAGGACUAGCAUAUCGAUUAUUACAGAAAGAAGGCAUACCAGCCAUAGAGGACUUGAAAUGGGAUAUUAUAGAGACAGAUCUCAUAUUUCUUGGAUUACUGAUACUGGAAAAUCGUCUGAAGCCAGAAACAAUCACAGUUCUUCAGGAGCUGAGCACAGCAAAGAUAAGGAAUGUGAUGGUCACAGGGGAUAAUCUGCAGACAGCUCUUAAUAUUGGGAAACAUUGUGGCAUGAUUCCGAAAUCAAGCAAAAUUAUCAUAAUUGAAGCCAGUGAACCCCAAAAUGAUGUUCCUGCAUCAAUCACAUGGAAAACCAUCACAGAAAACCAAGAAAAUGAACACAAAGAGACUUUUCAGAGUUUUCACACUGUUAUCAAUGCCGGAUGGAAGCCUAACACAUCUCAGCCAGAAGAGUUUCACUUUGCAAUAGAUGGAAAAUCUUUUCAGAUUUUGCGGCAGCAUUUCUACAACAUAGUUCCUAAGGUUCUUUUAAAUGGGACAAUAUUUGCAAGAAUGACCCCAAAACUAAAAUCAAGUCUUGUUGAAGAAUUUCGAAAGCUAGAGUACCAUGUUGGAAUGUGCGGAGAUGGCGCAAAUGACUGUGGGGCACUUAAAAUGGCCAAUGUUGGAGUCUCAUUAUCUGAGCUAGAGGCAUCUGUUGCUUCCCCUUUUACUUCAAAAAUCCCAAAUAUUCAAUGUGUUCCUAUGCUAAUCAAGGAAGGACGGAAUACUCUUGUCUCUUCUUUCUCCAUGUUUAAGUUUUUAUCGGUGCUUACUACGGUUGGACUACUUUCAAUGGUAUUUUUGUUUUGGAAACAAACAUUUCUCAGCAAUGCUCAGUAUCUUAUGCAAGAUUGUGCUAUUGUCAUUCCUGUUUGUUUAACAGCAAGCUUAAAUGGUCCCGCUCCAAAGUUAGCCCCACACAGGCCCCCUGGACAACUUCUGUCUCCGUCUUUGUUGCUCUCUGUUUUUUUGCACUUCUUACUUAGCCUCGGCUUGCAGACUACUGCGUAUGUUCUACUUCAGGCCCAGCCAUGGUACAAUGAAAGUGAUGUUUUCAGUGCAUGUCUUCCACUAAAUCACAGCACAGAAAACAUCACUGCAAGAGUGCCUACUAUCACUGAGACGUAUCUAGCCACUACGACAUGGAUUGUAACUGGAAUGAACAUUAUUACCAUAGAAUUUGUAUUUGCUAAAGGAAGCCCAUUUAGACAACGGCUGCAUACCAACUACUUAUUCAUCAUUAUAAUUAUCCUGCAAGUAGCAAUCUUUUUAUUUUUCCUGUUUGCUGGCUUUGAGCAGAUUUACACUACCUUUGAGGUAGUUUGUAUUCCAUUUUAUUGGCGAGUCUACAUUCUUGUUAUGGUUCUGGUACAUUUUGUUUUGUCUUAUGCUAUAGAGGAAGGAAUACUUGAAAACAGAAAACUCUGGCUACUGAUAAAGAAACUAUGCAACUACCAGUCAAAAAGUCAGUACAGGAAACUACAAAGAGGAUUAAAGAUGGAUACAGAGUGGCCUCCACAGAAUAGAACAGAUUAUGCAAUUAAGUCAGCUUCUGUUGUGGACAGCAAAAUCCUUGUUUUCAAAAAUGCCUCUUACCAACCGCCUACUGAGAAUAGCGGAGAAUUUCUUGGUCCACAGAAAAUAAUGUGAUUUUUUAAACACAAGACUAGAGUGGGAAUUCACAAAUCUGGAGUCAAUUUUGGCCAUAGCAACCAAUCAGAAUAUAGUUUUUAUUAGUUUUGCACUUUACAGACCUUAGCUCAUUGUUGAUUGGCUGCUAUGAAUUAAAAUGCAAGAGUAAUUUUACUCCAAAUUUGUAAAUGCUCAAUAAGAAUACACUGCUCAUGCAAAGAUGGCGACUAUGCGACUAUGUACAGUAGCUGCAUCCAGUCUAGAUUGGGGUGUAGUUUAGGUUUGCCACCUGAUGUGAAACUUUGUCUGUUAACCCCAGAUACAUUUUUGCAACUCUGUAAAUAACUACUUAGUCUAUGACCUGUAUUUUUUUUUUGCAGUUCUUAGGAUCAGGGACCACAAGAAAUGUAUUUGCACUGAGACCCUUCACUUAUUAUUAAUGAAUGCUAAACAAAAAACUAAAUUCUAAAACAACAAAAAAUAAAAAGAGACCAUAUGCAAUUUUUCUCAGAAUGUCAUUGUCUACAAUCAUAGUAAAACCUAAUGUAAAGGUGCUGUAUCCCUUUAAUGUCAAAAUAUGCAGUACUUUUGUUACUGAACUCCUCUGAGACUUUAAUAGCCUUAUAAUUACAAUAUAUGGUACUUUACACUCAAUAUCAUACAUUUCAAAUGUUACAUCCAAAGUAAAUAUUUAUAAUAUAUUAUCUGUUACCAUGCUAGAUUUCUUCUGUAAAUUUUCAGGAAUACAUAAAAGACAAGUUUACUUAGAAUCACAUUUGAUUCACAAAGAUUGUCUAGCUUUAAGAACUAUUGCUAAUCUCUGAUGCUAUUAGUACUUAAUGAGUGCCUUUUUCAUGUACUAGAGCAGGGGAUCCACAACCUUUUCAUUCAUGAGGCAAAUUUGAAUGUAAAAACAUUUGAAGAUCAACACAAGCAUGCAAAAAGUUCAUGGGGGUGACAAAUAUGGACUGUGAUUGGCAAUUGGUAGCCCCUAUUUGAACUGGCAGCCUACAGGCUAUAUACUUUUUUCAUCUAGAACUUGAGUAAAAGCCAGUAAUUCAAAAAUAAGCACCUAUUUGAGGCCAAUGGAAACAAUAUUAAAUGGGUUUUAGAGCAACAUGUUGCUCAUGAGCCACUGAUUGGGGAUUGCUGUGCUAGAGUAAUAAUAACACUGUAAAGGUAUUCUCUUUGUGUUUUUACAUGGCGUAUAAGUUCCCACACCACUUAACGUGAAAAUAAAAGUGUGUAGUAGGCUAUGUGAUAGGGAAUUUAGAUUGUAAGCACCACUUGGGGCAGGCACACUUAAAAAUGAUGAUGAAUCUCUGUAAAGUGCUGCAGAAACACAUUGGCACUAUAUACAUUAAAUAAAGAAUUGCAAUUGUACAAAUAUACAUACACUAUAUAAUGCAGUAUGAUUGUAUUAUGAAAUAAAGAUAAA